AAGAUGUUGAAUGAAUUUUUAUCAGUGUUUAGUCUACAAGCAUCAGUAAUCUGUCCAAAAUACUGUUUUAUUUUCAUUAUUGUGUGUUAGCAGCAUUCAAAUUGUUGUGUACCUUAAAAUAUAGGCUUCAAAGUCAGGUGGUUAUAUAAACAGUAAACGUGUUUUUUUCUGGUCUGUAAAAUUAAAAAUUAAAAAUAGGUCAUCAUUAAUUGGUUCAAAGAUAAUUAUCAUGAUGAAAUAAAGUCAUUUCCCGCUGUAUGUUCAGACCUAUGCCUGAUUGUGUGGAGCUGGACCGGGCUGACCGUCCCUGGUUAAUCUGGUUAAUUGGUUCAAUGGUGACCAGCAGCUAGUUAACAUUGUUUACAGCGGCUCCAACCCUCCCCCACCCGACUCCGCAGCUCCUCCUCCACUGCUAACCAGCUAGCCGUGGCUGCAAAACGCGACCACAAGUCUGGCUGGAUUUAAAGAGAAGCUCCGCUGGAUGAGCCCACUGCCAGAACCCAGCAGAACCUCCUGGUCGUGCGGGACUCUCCGGUUCUGGGUGACACGGAGCGAUGGACAGCAAGCGGGCAGACGGCAGCUAGCUGCGGCGAGAGCUAGCUAACGAUCCGGCUAGCUCCGGCAGCCGGGGCGACGAGCACCGAACUCGGCUUUUUUUCGCCCUUUUUGACGUCUGUUUUCGUGCCAUGCCAUCGAACUUUCAACCGAGCUAGGAGGCCGAUGGGUCCAGCAGAGUGAGGAGCUCCGAGCCGAGCAGAGCCAGGAGCAGCAUCAGCGUCUUGGUGCCGCUCCGAUCCAGUGGACCGUGCGUGGGUUCGGUGAGCGGAGGAUGGCCUUCCACGGAGCAGGCCGGCAGACCGUGUGUGGAGAUCUGUUCCCGGGCUCCGAGCUGGGCCACAAGUACUUCUGUGUCAACUCCUCCUGCGGAGCUCCAUCCACGGGCCUCAGCGCCACGCCGUGCCUGACCGGACCCACCGCCCCGGCCGGGACCCCCCGUCACCCCACGGCUCUCGGAGGCAGCGCCGGCGGAGGAGCGGCGGUGCCUCAGCCCUACAGCAACCCGGCCAGCGAGGUGCCGAGUCCCGCAGAGAUGGAGCCCGACCGGCCCAUCGGUUAUGGCGCAUUUGGAGUCGUCUGGUCGGUGACUGAUCCUCGUGACGGGCGGAAGGUGGCUCUGAAGAAGAUGCCGAACGUCUUCCAGAACCUGGUGUCCUGUAAGAGGGUCUUCAGAGAGCUGAGGAUGCUGUGCUUCUUCAAACACGACAACGUUCUGUCGGCUCUGGACAUCCUGCAGCCUCCACAGAUCGACUGCUUCGAGGAGAUAUACGUGAUCACGGAGCUGAUGCAGAGCGACCUCCACAAAGUGAUCGUGUCUCCUCAGCCUCUAACCACCGACCACAUCAAGGUCUUCCUCUACCAGAUCCUCAGGGGUUUGAAGUAUCUUCACUCUGCUGGGAUUCUGCACAGAGACAUUAAACCUGGAAACCUGCUGGUCAACAGCAACUGUCUGCUGAAGAUCUGUGACUUCGGUCUGGCCCGUGUGGAGGAGCCCGACCCGUCACGUCACAUGACCCAGGAGGUGGUGACUCAGUACUACAGAGCUCCGGAGGUCCUGAUGGGCUGCCGACACUACGGGUCGGCCAUCGACGUCUGGUCAGUGGGCUGCAUCUUCGCCGAGCUGCUGGGACGACGAAUCCUCUUCCAGGCUCAGAGCCCCAUCCAGCAGCUGGAUCUGAUCACAGAUCUGCUCGGGACGCCUCCUCUGUCGGCUCUGGCUUCGGCCUGUGAAGGAGCUCGAGCUCAUAUCCUGAGAGGACCUCACAAACCGCCGUCGCUGUCGGUUCUCUACAUGUUGUCUGAUGGAGCCACACAUGAAGCCGUUCACCUGCUCUGUAGGAUGCUCGUCUUUGAUCCGGCUAAAAGGAUCUCCGGCAGCGACGCCCUGUCCCACCCCUACCUGGACGAAGGUCGCCUCCGUUACCACACCUGCAUGUGUCAGUGCUGCUACUCAGUUCCCAGCGGACGAGUUUACACCCGAGACUUCGAGCCGGUGGCCGAGCGUCCGUUCAGCCACAGCUACGAGAACAGUCUGCUGUCGGUGUGGCAGGGAAAAGAGUUGAUCCAUCGCUUCAUCACGGAGCACCAGCAGGGAAAACGAGUGCCGCUGUGCAUCAACCCUCAGAGUGCUGCCUUCAAGACCUUCAUCAGGUCGACUGCUUGGCACUCGUCUAAAGUGUCCAGGAAGGAGGAGAGAUGAACGACGGCAUCUCAGCGACGGAUUUAAAUCGGCCGCGGCGUCAGAAGAAUACCGAAGAGUUUGGGUCUUCUCUCUGUUUUUGUUUUCGUGAAAAAAUAUCUCCCCCUUCCCAUCCUCCAACAAAUAACUUUCCUCGACCCGAACCCCCCCGAUGCUCGAGGCCAUUUUCGGUGCUGAUUUACAUUUUAAAAAAAACACACAAAAAAUGCUGCUGAAGUGCUCGAGGAGGAAACGGACUGUUUGUAGAGACGUUCCUGAUGGUUUUAACUGUUUGGUAGAUUUAGUUGGUUUUUGAAGUCAUUCCAGCUCAGCAGGACGUCAUCGCCGCCAAAACCACCACCUUUUAACGCCAAACGCCGCCAAGGUUUCCUCCUUUUUUUUUUUUUUACAUUUGAACACAUCACUCACUGUGUUUUUCGUCGCUCGGCACGGCGACAUUAAUGCAAUUUAGCAGAUGUAGCAGGUUUUCCAGGAGUUUCUGCGUGUACAGUUUGUUUUCUCCAUUAACGGAUUAAUCAGGAAUUCAUCCCGUUUCUACUGUCAGUGUUUUAGAAAAAAAAAACAUGUUUAGAAAGAUGCCAAAACUGCUUGGCAGAUUCUUCUUCUUCUUUCCUUCGGACUCGCCUCAAAAGUGUUUUUUAUUUUCCUCCAGGAAGCAGCAACGACGUGUUUUUUUUUUCUUCUUUUUUUCUUUUUAAAUCUCUUAAUUUAUUGCGUGUCUGUUGAAGAGCGAGUGUCUCCACCUUUUGUGUCUCUUUUACCUCAAACUCCCGAAGAAGAAACAGAAACUGGAGGGUUGAAAUGUGCAUAUCUACAGACUGUCUCCGACAUCAUUCCUCCCGUUACCUCGCUCCUCCUCGGCUCUGAAUCACAACAAGAAGGAUGAAAUGCUGCUGCUUCUGUUUGAACUCUGGACUGUGAUGAGGACGCUCCAGAAGCUGCUUUUUUUUUUUUUCCAACAAACGUUACAGGAAACUCGCUUCACCAAAAGCUACCAGGACUUAAAGCUGCAGGAACCAGAGACUAAAUUAAGUUCUGAGGAGAUUCUAGAAACUAUUUUAUUCACCAAACGUCCUGAUCAGAGCUUCUACCGUCUGAACAUCUCGGCCCGUUUGAAGAUCAGAGUCGACUAUUUUUUUGAAUCCGUUCUGACGCCACGUUUCCAACAUCUAGAGGUCGUGAGCCACUAAACACUUAAAGUGCCGAUCAGUUCUAUGUCUUGUUGGAUCAAACCUCAGCAGCUUCACGACCUCUGGAGGUUUUGCUCUGAAAGCUGUAAGCACUUAAUGCAGUGAGUAUCAGACAUGAAAUCUGAAAAUAAUGAUUAUUUCUGCCGCCAAAUGAUUCUUCUAUCAGCUGUUUGUUUCUAAAGUAUCAUAAAAUGAUAAAAAAUAGUUUCCUCAAAUCCCAAAGAUUUUCAGUUUACUGUCACAGAGGAGGAAAGAAACUAGAAAAUGUUCACGUUCAAGAAGAUGCAAUCACAGAAUUUGUGUUUUUCCUACAAAUGACUCAAACUGAUCUGAUUAAUUUAUUAUUUGUUGCAGGUUGUCGGUUCAUUCUUUUCCUCAAAAACAGCAAAAAAAAAAAAAUCUCAAACUGAACGUCGCAUACCAACCGAUUAGACAGAAAUUAAUCCCGAUUGUAAAAUCUGCUGAAAGUUGGGGCUAAAAAUCUGGAUUAGUUCAUAAAUGUUUUUUUUCUGGAUUUAAAUUGGAGCUUCUAUGAGUGGAGUUUGUUUUGAUGAAGGUUACUGAGUGUUUUUCCCUGAAAAGUUUCAAUUCAUGAAAAAAAAAAAAAAGUGCUGGAGGCGACCAAAUCAGAGCUAAAAAUCUGGUUUAAUUCUCUGUCUGGGUUUAAAUCUGAUCUUUUUCAAAUGUGUUGUGGUUUGGUGAAGGUUCGUUUUAGAGACAGAACCAACAAUUAUUGCCACUGUUGAAUAAUCAAUUAGUUUUUGAUUUAAAAAAAAGAUGGUGAAAAAUGUCCCCAGAUGUCCAAAGAUCUUUAGUUUACUGUCAUAGAGGAAGAAAAAAAUGAAUAUAUUCACAUUUAAGAAGUUUAAAAAUGACUCAAACUAAUCUGACAUCAAACUACGUGGCGGUUAAUUGAUGAGGGUUGUUGACUGUUUUUGCCUUAAAAGUUUUGGAGGCGACCAAAUCUGAGCUAAAAAUGUGCAUUCAUUCUCUGUCUGGGUUUAAAUCUAAGCUUUUUCAAAUGUAGUUUGGUUUGAUGAAGGUUCAUUUUAGGGAUGGAACCAACAAUUAUUGUUGAAUAAUCAUGUAGUUUUUGAUCAGAAAAUGGUGAAAAAUGUCCCCAAAUGUCCAAAGAUCUUCAGUUUACUGUCAUAGAGGAAGGAAAAAAAUGAAAAUAUUCACAUUUAAGAAGCUGAAAUCACAGAAUUUAGAUUUUUUCUUUUUACCUAAAACUGAGUCAAACUGAUGAAUAAAUUAUCAGACUAGCUGACGUUUAGUUUAAUCCAUUAAUCGUUCCUGAUUGGCUCCUUCAGUUUCAGACGUUUUGCUCCUUUCUUUCAAACCUUUUCAAACCUCAGGAACUCUUCAGUCCGGAUCAUUUGUUUUCUGGGACUCUCUGGAGGAACCUUCGGCUCCCGGUUACCGUUUCUUGGGACAAAUUUGUCGGCGGCCCCUCGAGCGUCCUCGUCGGAGCUUUUUGGGAACCUGAAACCUCAGCUGGUCUCCGUGGCAACACCGAGGCGACUUGUAUAUCUGCAUGUGUAUAUUUAUUCCCCGUGGAGAAGCAUUAGGGUUUGAAUGCUGUGCAAUGGUUGUCGACGAAAAAACGUACACUUUGUGCUCCUUUUAUUUAAUUCAUCUUAGGAAGUGAUUUUAUUAGGAGUUCUGUUCUUUAUUUUUCUGUUGUUCUGUUGUGAAUUAGACUUUUGAUGGCGUUCGGAGGCGUUUUGACAACUGUUCCCUGAAAAUAUUAAAGAAAACGCUCUGGUGGUUUGAAGCAGCAGCGUUUCAAGACGUCUGCUUGUUCCUCAAAUCUGCUCCUUCUCGUUAAAUUGAUGUAUUUUUAACUCAGUGAUUUUCACCCAUUAAGCUUCAUUUUUUUGCUCUGAAACGUGAUUGAGUGACAUUUGUCCACAUUUUUCUGCUUUAAGUGCUCAAGAUGUGAAUUAGGACCUUGAAAAAUAAUUGCAUUCAUAUUUGUUAUUUUAAAUCUAAAAAUGACAUUUAUGUGCUGCUUAUCUGUUUAUUUGUUUUUCCUCCUGAAAUGCUGACUUUUGUUUUUUGUGGUCAGUUUUGGACUCUUUAUUUUAUCAUUUUAUGUGUAAAAUAUGUAAAAAUUUCCUCAUUUGCUAAAAUGAUAUUUUCUGCAGAAAAUGUAAAAACUGUUGCAGUUACACUUUCCCAAGAAAUAACAAAUGAUGCAUUAAAAGUAAAAAAAAACAAAAAAACAAAACGAUUCAUAAACAGGACAAACAACUUUAAAAUCAGGAUUCUGAAUAGUUACAAAAUGAGGAAAAAUCAAACUUUUCUGCACAAAUUCAGUUUUUAAAAGCCUCAAAAAUUCAGUUUUCAGUGCUGUCUGAUUACAAUUCCAUAAAUAAUCCCAACUUUAUGCUUUUAUUUCAUUUUUAGAAUAAAUCAAACGUAAGAUGCUCAGUCCAAAACUGUACUAACUAUUGGACAUUCACUGGAAAAGGAACUGAGAAUAAUUCAAUUUUUGUCAAUAACUGAGUAAGAAAAGUCACAUUUUCUUGAAUUAAGAAAAGAUUUUUGGAACGUUUUAGUCUGUUUUCAAAAUAAAUCAGCUUUUUUGAACACUUUUUCCAUUCAGCAGCACAAACUUUCAGAGGUUUUAUGGUCUUUAGCAGGACUGUAGUCAACAAAGAAAAUGAAAUUAACUCUUAAACUGGACUUUUUUUCAUCCAUUUGAAGAAAAUACAGAUGAUUUCUUUGAUGUUAGUUUGGAGUAAACGGUAGGAAGUUUGAUUGAAUCAGUUCAAAUCUAAAAAUGUGAAAUUGGAAAUGAAACUGAGCAUUUUGACCAAAUAAUCCACCAGUUAAACCUUUUAUUUUGUGUUUGCAGGAUACAGAUUCCUGAUUAAAUUGUGUUUUAAUUGAGGGGGUUGGAAGCAGAAUGGUCUAACAAAAUCUGAGUUUUAAAUCAUUUCUCUAAUAAUUAACAGUCUAGAUUUUAGCGGCUAACUGUUCAAAGCCAAAUACAGCGUUACAGUGAGUGUUGGACCAUUCUUCAAAAUACCAAACAAAGUCUUUUUUUCUCAAAAACUACAGGAAGUAGGCCAGACCAUUCAGCUUCCAAAUCCUUCACACUAAAACUAAACCAGCAUUUCCACUGAAAUGUCAGCAGCUUCCUGUUGGAAUCUUUCACUUCUUUAAAGAUCAUUUGCCUUGAGGUUUCUAACAGAACAUGUUUCCUGUGGCACAUAAAUGACAUUUCUACAAGACGAUGUUCCUUAAAAAACAUUUAUUUUGCCUCUAAUCCCUCAAACAUCCAGCUGACGGUGACGCUAAAAGCUGUAAAUGUACGCUUGGUUUGCAACAACCCAUUAAACUGCGAAAAAUUAGGUGCUAAAUUGGCUAAAAAUGCAUGAAUUUGGUGCAGAAAUGAGCGGUUUGAGGCCGAGGUUUGGGUUUUCAGGAGCAGCAGAGUUCUUCCUCCGACUCGUCCUCCUUUCCUGUCGUUGUGUUUAGUGGAUCCUUUCAGGUUAGCUUCAACUAGACGGCCUGAGUUUGGUCUUUUUCCUCCGAUCUCUGCUCUCAGAUCAGCCGCCGUGGUGCGUUCAGGAGCAGAGAGUUAGACUCUUCUACGAAAAGAAACUUGAUGUGUUUAUUAUUCUAAAUAUGAUGUUUUAAACUGAUGUUUUUUGUCUUUGUUUUAGCAAAAAGUUUUUGGUUUUUUUUUGUGUUUUAUUUCUUGUUUUAAUUUUUUUUCUUUUUGACUUGUGUUCCCAACAAAUACUUGAAUUUCUUAAAAAAAAAUGUUUAGAGUUAAAGUAGUGAAUGACAAAUAAAUAAAUAAAUGGACACUGGAUAAUAUUC